AUGGCCCCGGAGAUGCUACAAGGAAAACCAUAUAACGCAGCAGUUGACUGGUGGUCAUUGGGCCACACCAUCUACGAAAUGGCCACUGCAGAUGCCCUAAUUAACAACAGCAACAUCAAGGAGCAAAUGUAUUCCAUCAUCUUGGAUGAGCCGAAAUUACCUCAUUGGCUGGAUAAAGACCUUAGACAUCUUCUGAGAAAGCUCUUUAGAAAGAAUCCAAGCAGACGGCUCGGUGCAAGAGGGGACAUCAGAUGCCACCCGUUCUUUGAGUUCAUUGACUGGGUGGUGCUGGAAAAUGAAGAAACCCAACCCCCUUACAAGCCAAAAGCAGUAAGUACGAAGCUGUGGAUUACUUGUGGAUUACUUUGUUUAAACAUAACACAUAAGUCUCCACACUUACACAGCCAUGAAAAUCUAUACACUUAA